AUGGACGAGCGUAUGACAAACCAGCUGUCACCGAGCACUGGCAGCAACACAAGCGCCGUUCCCUUCGGUCCAGUUCUGAGCAACGAAGCUAAAAAACCUGAAACUGUUGCAAAUGUAGAUGCAGGUACGAGGAAUGCCGGCUCUUCUUCUACUUCGACGACUACCGCGGAGCAAUAUGAUGAACGCAGGAUUUAUGUCAGCAAUAUUCCGUUCAGCUUCAGAAGUCCUGAUCUUAUUCAGAUGUUUACUCCCUUUGGUGUCGUAUCGAAUGCGGAAAUCGUGAUGAACGAACGUGGAUCAAAAGGAUUCGGCUUUGUAACACUUGAUACCAAAGAAGGAUGUGAUGCAGCACGCGCAGCACUUAAUGGGCUGGUAGUUCAGGGGCGAGUCAUCGAGGUUAAAAGAGCAACUACAGCUCCUUAUCGUCGUAACUCGGCUCGCGGGCAACACUCGUCUGCACUUCCACAAACAACGAUUCCGCUACCACCAAGAGCCGAUUUUCUGGCAGGGCAGCUGCCACAAAUCCCAGCCCAGCCUUUAAUUACUCACAAUGUUUCUGAUCCGCUCAGUGCUCUUAUACUUGCACAAAACCAGUUACGUCUCCAAUCUAUGAUCAAUCCUCUCGCGGUGAGGGAGCCCUCGUUGCUGUAUCCCAGGCCGUUGCCUUUACAGCAACAGGCAACCCUUAUGGGUGGUGGAACUGAAAAUUUGCCUCCUACUGGUGCACUUACUGCGACUAUGAUGCCAUUGACUACUGCGGGCCUUACUUACGCUUCUCUUCCAGCUGUUAAUCCGAGUAAUGUUUUGAUUCCACCUGCUGUGCCAUGCCGGCUCUCUCAAGAUGCAACGAGUGAGGCGUUUCCUAAUUUUUUUUGUGAUCCUGGAUUUUUCAAAUCACCACCUCCAGUUUCGCCAUACACAGGAGGUCUAGACUUGGUCGGUUCACUUGGCUUGGCGGCAGGAAUUCCUACCCCUUUCCAGCCUAACACGAAUGCGAUGAAGGAAAAAUUUCGAACAAGUGGUCUUCGGGCUUUCGAUCAAUCUUGUGUCAUUGACACCUCUUUUCAUGGAGAACCAUUGAAGGAAGGUCAAUAUGGGCCUAUUGGUAGAGCAGUGCCGUCAGGCGGCAUCAACAAUCAAGUGAAUUCUACGAACAAUGAAUUUCGCUCUCAAUCGUCGAUGGCUUUGGAAGAGAAUGUUUCCGAAUGUAGUGCAGGUCAGAGUGGUGGGAACAAUCCUAAUUUGUUGCCAGUCUACCAUCCGUUUGAGCCCCCUACUGACCGAAAUGGACGCAAACGCUUGAGCAGUCUUGAUAGCUAUCACUUGAGUAAGAAACAAGCGAAGUCGAUUUGA